GCAAUUGAAAAGCGACUAUCGUCUAAAGAUCAACAAAAACACACACAUAUCUACAUACAUAUAAGAAAAAAUUCAAAUCAAAUAUUCACUAAAAUACGCAAAUAAAUUUCAAGUGAAGAAAAAUUAAGAAAUAAAAUUACAGUCGGUUGUGGAAGAAAAGUGCACAGUUCUAAGCAGACAACUGACGAGCGCGUAAAUAAUUUAACGUGUAACGGUUAAUUCUGUAGGAAAUUGCACACGGAGUACAUACAUAUUAUAUAAAGCAAUUAUAAAUAAACGGCAAAAAUAAGAAACAAACGAAAAAAAAAAAAAUAAAAUUAAAAAUAUUUAAGAAACCUGCUUUUCAUAGUUUUUAAUAGAAAAUUGCAAGAAUUCAAUCGCAUUCCAUUGCGGCAACAAAAGUAAAAAACUAAAGAACUAAAACAGCAAAUAAAAAACAGUUCGCUGUUGGCUUCACUCGUCGAUUACUCGUUCACUGGCUCACUCGCGUGAAGGCGUUCGUCGUGUGCAGUUACAAGAAGUGCGUGCGCGCCAAUCAAUUGACAUUACUUUCGGCGUGUGUUUGUUUGUGUGUCGCUCCCAUUAAUUUUGGGUUGAAUUGUGUGAAAGCUCAACGCAACGAAGACAAAAAACAAAACCAGAUUUUCGUUAGCUGUAAGCGCGCAGAGGCCAAAGUCUAGAAAAGCAAUCAAAGAACCGUUACUGCAACUAGUUGAUUGAGCAACCAAAACAAAAAUUCCAUAGGCAACAGUAAAUAUGGCUGAUGUUUCGCAUGAAUUGGGCGCUCUGCGUUUCGUGGUGGACUCGCCGCUCUCUUCCAAGGUGGCUAUGUUCAACAAACAAACACAACAGCAUCAAAAACAACAACUUCUAAAUCCCUUUUCCGGGGUAAGUGGCCGUGUGUCACCUAAGCCCACAUUCUCCAAAGACGAAUAUGGCAAACCCUUAGCAGGCAGCUUGACAGAGAUGCGCGGUCAGAAGGCUAAUAUGCAUGUGAUGCGCGAAAUGCUGGAGUUGUGUCAAAUCAUCGACUCAGAGGGCUACAAUGUCAAGGAUGAGCCAAAUAUGCGAGUAAUACCAUUUGGUGAACUCUUCAAUAUUUACAAUUACAUUUCCGACAAGGUAGUUGGCAUUUUGCUGCGCGCCCGCAAACAUAAACUCCUCGAAUUUGAGGGUGAAAUGUUAUUCCAGCGACGCGACGAUGAUGUUCCUAUUUUCUUGCUCAAACCAAUUGUCGAAAUACGCAAAGAGCUCGAGUCGAAGAUUGAGGAGAUAAAACGCGCUGGCAGCCCAGCGCCACAAGCGACGACAUUGCUACUGGACAAGAGCGCACAAAAGCAGAAAUUGGCUUCGCGUGCCUCCACACCGUCUGCCUCGCCAGCGCCGUCCAAACCGGCAACGCCAGCACAAUCGAAGGCAUCCACGCCAGCGCAGUCGAAAGCCUCCUCACCUGCGCCUGAAGAGUCGAUUAAGCCGGUGGAAGCGCCACCUACAACAGCACCGACAACUACAGCACCAUCAGAAAAGGUAAAUAACACACAAGCACCACCAGCACCGGAGGUUACGAUUACCGCUGCACCAGCCGAAGAGACACCGGAAGCGCCUACAGCGAACGAACCAAUUGUGAGGUUAGAGGGUGGUCAGGAGGCAAAAUUACCAGCUAAGGAAAACGAUGCACCUGUGCCAAUCGAAGCAAACUCUGUGGAAACCGAAAUAAGCGUCAAUCAAUAUACGUCGCCUGAGUUGGAACCUGUGAUUGCCGAGCAUGCGGGCGUGCCGGCCUCCACCAGCGCUGAAAGUGCCAACAGCUCAAACAGCAUUGAAAAUGCCGAGGUGUCGACGGUUGUCAUUGAGGCGUCCGGCGUUUACACGCGUACGUUGCCUAGCCUACAAGAGGGCGCUGCGGCGGUAGUGGCCGGUGCUGAGCAGGCAGCCAUUACAACAACAGCAGCUACAGAGGCGGUGACGGCGACAAGCAGCGUUGAGGCACAGCCUGAGGCAUAAUUUCUUUUACAUAAAUACAUACAUAUAUGUAGAUAUGUUAUCGAUUUGAUUCUUAAACUAGUUAAACCUACCUAAACUACGUAGUGGGUUAGAUUAUAGCGGGGUACUACUUACAUACAUAUAUACAUACAUAUAUACAUACAUAUAUACAUACAUACAUACAUACAUACAUAGUUACAUACAGAGAUCUGCACGUAAUUUCAGUGUUGGCCAAUGCAGUGAACUAAUUUGUAGUUUAGACAUUAGCUGCAGUAUUAUGAAGAAUAUUGUGAGUAGAUAUGCACGAAGCAAUUGCCGUUAAAUUUGCGAACGGAGAGUUGGCACAUAUCGUAAAAUAAUGAUAAUAAUAAUAAUUUGUAAAUAAUACCUAUUUGCUGUAGUUCGUGUACUUAAACAGGAAAGUAUAUUUAAUACAAUAAUUUGAUAUAUACACAUACAUAUGUACAUAUGUAUUUCAAUAAAUAAUAGUUAGACAGAAAA